CACACACCCACUUCAAAGAGUGAAAAGAAAAUGGAGUUGAUGCAUGAGGAGGAUUUCCUCCUUUAUAACCUCUAGAGCUCCUCUCUCUCUUGAACACAUUCCUUUAGAUCAAUGGCGUCGGAGAAGGUCGAAACCGUCAUUGCCGGAAACUACAUCGAAAUGGACAGAGAAGGCGAUCUCAAGCCUACUAAAAGCCGCUUAUCGAAGUUCUUCUGGGAUGGCGGUUCCGUCUACGACGCAUGGUUUAGCUGCGCGUCUAACCAGGUGGCUCAAGUACUUCUGACAUUGCCAUACUCAUUUUCCCAACUGGGGAUGUUGUCUGGGAUCCUUUUUCAGCUGUUUUAUGGAUUGAUGGGGAGUUGGACAGCUUAUCUUAUUAGUGUCCUUUAUGUUGAAUACCGCACUAGAAAGGAGAGAGAAAAGGUGGACUUUAGAAACCAUGUAAUUCAGUGGUUUGAAGUCCUUGAUGGUCUGUUGGGGAAGCACUGGAGAAAUGCAGGCCUUCUUUUCAACUGCACUUUUCUUCUGUUUGGAUCAGUAAUUCAACUAAUUGCAUGUGCAAGUAACAUAUACUACAUCAAUGAUAAUCUAGACAAGAGAACAUGGACUUACAUCUUUGGUGCCUGUUGUGCUACAACAGUUUUCAUCCCUUCAUUCCAUAACUACAGAAUGUGGUCCUUUUUGGGGCUCCUCAUGACUACUUACACUGCAUGGUAUCUAACCAUUGCUUCCCUCAUCCAUGGACAGGUUGAAGGAGUAAAACACUCAGGCCCAACCAAAAUGGUUUUAUAUUUCACUGGAGCCACCAAUAUUCUCUACACCUUUGGUGGACAUGCUGUCACAGUAGAGAUUAUGCAUGCAAUGUGGAAGCCACAGAAAUUCAAGCUGAUAUACUUGAUGGCAACUCUCUAUGUGCUAACACUAACCUUACCAUCGGCGAUUUCGGUUUAUUGGGCAUUUGGCGAUAUGCUUCUCAACCAUUCCAAUGCUUUCGCUUUGCUCCCGAGGUCCGGAUUUAGGGAUAUGGCUGUCAUCCUAAUGCUCAUUCACCAGUUCAUAACAUUUGGAUUCGCCUGCACUCCCCUGUAUUUUGUGUGGGAGAAGGUCAUAGGGAUGCAUGAGACGAAGAGUUUGUUUAAGAGAGCUGUAGUUAGACUUCCAGUUGUGAUCCCCAUAUGGUUUCUGGCAAUCAUAUUCCCCUUCUUCGGCCCCAUCAACUCCACCGUCGGAUCUCUUCUGGUCAGCUUUACUGUCUACAUCAUCCCUGCUUUAGCACAUAUGAUCACCUUCGCUCCUGCUUCUGCGAGAGAGAAUGCAGUAGAGAGACCACCAUCAUUUCUAGGAGGAUGGGCUGGCUUGUACUCCAUGAACUUGUUUGUGGUGGGAUGGGUGUUUGUGGUGGGAUUUGGGUUUGGAGGGUGGGCCAGCAUGCUCAACUUCAUUCAGCAAGUUGACACAUUUGGCAUGUUCACUAAGUGCUAUCAAUGCCCUCAUAAAGCUUGAUUACCAUUUCUCCAAAUAAAGGAAAAGUUUAAAAUAUUUCAAAGAUAUAUGUAAAGUGAUUAGUAUCUCUUGUAAUUUCUUUCUUAAAUGCAACCCUUCAUGGGAACCUCUUAAUUCUA